AUGCGUUUCUGGUCUCUAGCACCUUUCCUUCUUGUCAGUGCGUACCAGGUUCUUGCCGUCGUGGUUCGUCGCGAUCUUCCCUUCCCCGAUGAGGACCCAUUCUACCAGCCGCCAAGUGGUUGGGAGAACGAAAAGCUCGGUACAAUUCUGCGGACGCGCCAGAUCGACCCGAAGGCCAUUUUUGACCUGGAUGUGAAGGAGGCCUGGCAACUUCUCUACCGUACGUCGUACAAAUCGGAUGAUGAGCCUACCACGACUGUCACAACGAUUGUGAUUCCACACAACGCUAAGCAGGACAAACUGGUCGUUUAUGGUGACUUUGUGGAUGCUAAUGGUCCUCAGUGUGCUCCUAGCUAUGGCUUCCGUGAUGGUGCGGGCGAAGAUCUCGGUUUCCUGGCUAAUGUUGCGCUGAUGAUGCCCUACCUGCAGGGUGGUUACAUUGUCACUGUGCCCGACAAGCAGGGCAAGAUCAACGCUUUUGCUUCUGGUCGCGUUGAGGGUCACCAGACUCUUGAUGGUAUCCGUGCUACGUUGAACUUUGACAAGUUGAACCUCACUGACAGUGUGAAGGUGGCUGGCUGGGGUUACUCGGGUGGUGCUAUCCAGAUUGGUUGGGCUGCGUCGCUGCAACCAAGCUAUGCACCGGAGCUUCCGAUGGUCGGUUGGUACUAUGGCGGUACCCCUGUGAGCAUUCCCGAGCUAGUGAAUACUAUUAACGAAACAGUAUUCUCCGGCUUCUUGGUGGGUGGUAUCACUGGUCUAGCCGACUCUUACCCUGACCUCAAGGACUUCAUUGACAAGUUCGGUACGAAAGAAAGCAAGGAUGCGAUGAACUUUGCUCGUACACACUGCAUGUUCGAUAUUGUGCUCAAAUACCCCUUCCAGAACUUUGCCUCGAAGAAGUAUGCGACCAUCGACAAGAACUUCCUUCAGGUGAAGGUGUUCCAGGACGUGUUAACUUCGUUGAUCAUGGGCCGCAGUUCGGAUGAGACUCCUCGUGUGCCUGUCAUGAUGUCGCAUGGUAAGGCCGACGAGAUUGCGCCGUACGACUCUGCUUACCAGGCUUUUAAGAAUUGGUGUGAUUACGGUGCUAACAUCCACUUUAGGUCGUAUUCGAGUGGUCUGGCCGCCCACGUUAUCACAGCCAUUUCGGAUAUCACCGAGUCGUACAAGUGGAUUGUUGAUCGUCUGAAUGGCAAGAAGAUGGCAUCAGGCUGCACUGAGUCGAGCACGAACGAUGUUAUCCUUGACACCAAGGCACUUGGCCCGAACUUUGAGCACUUGCUUGGCAUUAUUGGCGGUGUGCUGGAUGGCUAUAUUGGCCCAGGCGACAAAAUCCUUCAGAGAAAGAUUGCUGAUGGCAACUUGCCCUAA